CUGCCAUCAGCUGCCCCGAAGCAGAACUUGUUGCAGAUUUCCCCACCAGAGGUGAUAUUUCAGAACUUCGACACUCAUGAUGUCUCUGAAAUGACAGUGUCUCUCAUGAAUGUGGACAAGUUUCCUCAUGCGGUGAAGGUCUGCAUGGAGAGAUCACCUUACUUCCAGCUCACGGGUUCCAACGAUGCCUACCGUCUCCUGCUGCCGGGAGCAUCUGCCCUUGUGUGCAUCCGCUUCACCCCCGAGGAGAACAAGGAUUAUUCCCACGAGCUCGUCUGCGUCACUGAAAGGGAAAGGAUAGUUGUGCCAAUUCGGGCCAUUGGUGCCCAAGCUGUCCUGGACUUCCCUGAGCAGCUGGACUUCUCCAGGUGUCCAGUCAAGCGCAGCACCCAGAAGACUCUGCUGCGCCGCAGCUCUGGUAACCAGGCAGCCCAUUACCAGCUGAGCACCCAGAGGUCUCAGGAUGUGAUAAAUGGACUGAUCCACAGAACUGCUAAUACAGCUCAAAGCUGCGAAGAAACUCUCCACACAAACCUCAGUGGAGAAGCUGUAGAUGUCAAUGCUGAGUUGAACACAAAUUUUGUGGAGUUUGAGAAGAUAUACAUCACCAAGUCAAGCCAUACAACCAUAUUCGUCGAGAACAAGAGUAACAUCACAGCCCACUUCCAGUGGAAGACUUUUCCUGCUGAGGAAGAUGAGAACCAAGAGAAGAGGAGGCAGUGUCUUUUUCUGCAGUCACAGAGUGAGCUGUGUCUGGAAGAAUUAAUGGAGGAGAAAGAAACAGGGAAGGAGAAGGGCUCUUGUGAAGAUCGUGCUGCCCUCCCGAGGGCCCCGGAGGAGAAGGCAAAGGUGCACCAGGACCCCAUGUUCUCUGAUGACGUUUUUUUCAUUGAGCCAAUGGAGGGAGAAAUCGGGCCGAAUUGUUCGGCCGAAAUCAAGGUGACCUUCAAACCCCUGGAAGCAGUGGAGUAUCAAAGUGUGGCUUACUGCAGCAUCUCAGGCUGUGAGAGCAGGCUGCCCCUGCACCUCACAGGGGAAGGCCAAGGACCCUUGGUUGAGCUCAGCUCUCCUACACUGAACCUUGGCAACGUUUCUGUCGGCACUCCCCACGUUUCUGAGGUGGAACUGAUUAACCUAGGAGCUAUUGAUGCUCCCUUCACCUGUAUCCCUUCAACUGCAAACAUGGGCUUCUGCUUCAAGUUUGCACCCGAGGAGGGCAUCAUUGCAGCAGGUGGGACCCAGACUAUUCAGAUCUCCUUCAGUGCCACCGUAGUGGGGACGUUCGAGGAAGAAUUCCAGUUCAGUGUGGCUGGAUCUCUUAUGUCUGCAAUCCUGACUAUCAAGCUGAGGUACUUGAGAGCCUCUCGCUCCACCAAGAUCCCUUGCCCCACUGACACCUCCUUGGUGCACCGUACCAGCCUUUAUGAAAAAGGCUGCUACCCAAAUCUCAAAAUCCACCCCAGCAGCCUGGAGUUUGGCUGCCUCACGGAUGGCGCUGAAGAAGAAGUGCGUUCUCUGGAGAUGACCAACUACACCUCACUUCCUGUCCACUACCAGUGGUCAAUCUACUCCGAGAGCCAGAAGUGCAGGUCCAUGUUAAUGGCUAUGUUAUUUCCUGGAUGUGGGCGUUACUCAUCUAAAUUCACACCGCAACCACCAAAGGAGAAGAGACCCUGUGUUGGUUCCUUGGCACAUCAGAGGAGAUGCAUCACCAUGAGAAGCGUGGAGAAGCCAGUCAGAGCCCUGAAAGAAGAGCAGGAUUUUAUUCAAUCUUCAGGAGCAGAGGCUUUCAGCAUCGAGCCGCAGUCGGGUGUGCUGCAGCCAGGAGAGAGCCAGCAGGUGUCCUUCACCUUCUCUGGCCACCAGGACAUCCUCGCCGGUGUGAAGGCGCUGUGCCACAUGGGCAAAGGCCUGACCUACGAGGUGGAGCUGAUCGCUGCACGGGUCAGCUACUCCCUGAGCCGCCGGGAGAUCGACUGUGGCUUACAGAUCUUUAAUGAAGUUGGUCACAGCACGGUCACCCUGGAGAACACUGGCAGGACUGAAUUCAGCUGGGUGCUAAAGCCUUGCCCUGAAGACAAGCAUCGGCCUGGUGUGUUUCUGGUCAAGCCCACCACUGGCUCCAUUGCACCGGGCAAGAAGAAAGUGCUGAAAUUCUAUUACCUGCCGGGAUUACCAGGAGCUUUCAGCAGGAUUUACCAACUUGAAGUGGGUGACCUGGAACCAGAAACAAUCUUCCUGAAAGGAGAAGCGACCUGCCCCAUGAUCAGUGUGAACCUGCCCUGGAUCAUCAAAGAAAAUGAAGAAUAUGAGAAACCACUGGGACAGCCUGUAAAACACCCGCAACAGUACAAUCAGAGCAACAAAUUACAAGUUGUUCAGAAGAAGACUCAGAGCCUGAAAACUCAGCCCUUGGAGACUGGGAAUCAGAAGACUCGGGACCUGCAGCCCCGCUUGCUUGGCUCUGGCACUGCACCAAGCACUCAGCUGCAGAUGCACAAAGUGAGGAUGCUGGUAACGGAGGCUGCUCUGGAGCUGCAGGAAAAGCUCACAUACCAUGCCCCAAAGAGCAGGUUCCCUGAGAAGAAGCAGUGCCAGAGCCUUGUCAAAGUUGAGCUGCCCGAGUAUGUCCUGGACAUGGGCACUGUCCUUAAGGGUUUCAGUGGGAGAAGCACUCUGAGGAUCACCAACCCUGGGCAGAUCCCAGUCUGCUUCCAGGUCAAUGGAUCUGUCCUGCAGGGCACAGGUUUCAGCGUGGACCUGGGCCUGAUGAAGAGCCUUCCCCCCAGGCAAAGCGUGGCAUUUGACGUGUGCUUUGAAAGUGCCCAGCGGCCACAGGGUGACGUGGAUGUGCUGCUGCCCAUAGAGGUGACAAAAGGCCCCACGUCUCACAUCCGCCUCCAUGCCACUGUGUUGGAAGUGUCGCUCAACCUCUCCAAGAGAGCACUGCAUUUCUCUGACAUCCUCGUUGGGCAGUGCAAGGUUGAGACAAUCCGGCUCUACAACUGGUUCCAAGUACCCUGCACGUGGUCCAUUACUGCCAUCAAGCCUGUUCCGAAGAACAAAUACAUACAUCACAAGCUGCAGGCACUGGAGGAUGAACCUUGUCCCUUUGAAGUGACACCCUCCCAAGGAACCCUUGAUCCAGGACGGUGGCAGAACUUACAAAUCCAGUUCACACCCAAGGAGGAGAGGCCUUACAAGAAUGAGCUGAAGCUCAACGUCUGUGGGAGCAGCAAUCACUUAAAGCUGCACCUCACAGGACAAGGUCUGGAGCCACGGUUGGAGUUCAGCCCGCCAGCACUAAAGAUGGGACGGGUGCUGGUGGACAGCAAUGGGAUGGAGGCCACAGUGGUGGUGAAGAACCCAUGUGACUUCCCCAUUGAGUUUUACUCCCUGGACUUUGAUCAGCAGUACCUUGAGGAGGAGAAGAUCCUGCGGAUAGCACUGGGCUCUGAGCACCAAAAGAGCUUUUUAAUGCCUCCACGCGCCGUGGGUGGGACACUGCCCCCAGAGGUGCUGGAGAAGUAUGAAGCACAGGAGAGGCUGAAGACUCAAGAGGCAGAGCUGAAGAAGGCGAAGAAGGUGAACAAGAAGGCUAAACAAAACCGUCGAGGCCAAAGGAGUCUUCAGUCAUCUCGGCUGGAGACACAGAGCGAAGUUACAGAAGAGGCAGCCAGAGAUGAGCAUGUCGGGGUGCCAUGCCUGGACAUGCAGGUCGCAGAUCCAAAGGCCACGACUGGGGAGAUCCUGAGUGAUGGGAAUCUGCCAACAGAAGACCAGAUGCUGAAACAUCUGGGGCAGCAUCCCAAAGGGCCUCCCCUUCCCCCUGCUGCUGUGCUCUCCAUAGUGGAGUACCCAGAGGAGAGGUUGGGCCCUGCAGAGCGUGUGGAGCCCUUCACCAUUGUGGCACCUGAAGGUGCUGCCAUGGAAGACAAUCUGGCCAAGGCCCCAGAUGUGGAGGGCAGUUCUGCCAAGGGCCAAACAAAGAUGGGUAAAGCGACUAGCAGAAACAGCUCUACAAAGGAGAAUCUGAUCUCCACACAGAGAACAGAAAGUCUCCAGGAUUCCUCCACCACAAGAUCCAAAACUCUGCUGGAAAGUGCCUCAGUCCCCACAGAAUUCCUCAGGCUGAAACGGUACCGGUGGAUAGUGCCUGCCCACGGUCAGGUGGAACUGAAGGUGCACUUCUCCACCAAAAAGCCGGGGAAGUUUGAGCAGACACUGAGGUUUGAGCUCGUGCAGUCGAAGCGCCAGUACGAGCUGCCCUGCAGUGGCACCGGCCUGUACCCCAACAUCAGCCGGAGCCCACGGGUGGUGUUUCCACAGUGGAGGAAAACCAUGCAGAAAGAUGAAGUCAUCUUCAAGGAAUAUGUUGAGAGCACAAAGCAAUUCCACUUUGGACCGCUGCUGUGUGGGAAAUCAAGAGAGUGGUACAAGGCCCAGAACUGUCCUAGCAACUCGGAGAAUCUAACCAUCCUCAACAACUCCCCCGCGGACGUGGAGGUCCAGUUCUCCUUUGAGAAUGCUGGGGAAGCAGAGACGUUCCUUCUGGACCCUCCCAGCAUGACACUGAAACCAAAGGAGAAGCAGGAGCUGACCAUUUGGGCAUACCCCACUUCCCCUGGCUUCCUGGAAGACAAGCUCAUCUGCAGCAUUGGGAAGAACCCGGACCCAGUGGUCUUCAGCCUGUGCUGCCGUGGGGUGGACAUGAAGCUGGAGGUCAGCCCCCUGGAGCUGUCUUUUGACAGACUGCUUCUGCACAGGACUGACAGCAGGACCUUAGUCCUGAGAAACAACACCCUGCUGCCCAUGGCCUGGCAGCUCCGUGGGCUGGAUGACCUAUUUGAGGACUUCUCCUUCUCACAAGAUAAGGGCAUCAUUGAUCCCCACACGGAGUUUCCAGUGACGCUGCAUUUCCAGGCCGAGCAGAUUGGCAGCAUCAAGAAGACUCUCCGACUAGAGGUUUCAGAUACAGAAAACAUCCUGGGGAUUGCUCAGGCUGAAAACAUCGAAAUCUCUGCAGAGGUCUAUGAUGCUUCUCUGAGCAUUGACAUGCCUGAAGGUCCAGAUGGAAUCUUGGAAUUUGGAACCAUUAAUGUCCAGGAUAAUGUCAAGAAAGUCCUGAGUCUAAAGAACACAGGGGUAUACAACAUUGAGUACAGGUUCACACUGGAGGGUGCAGGUCCCAGGAUGGCAUCCUACUUCACUGUUGAGCCUCAGUCAGGCGUGCUGAUUGCCUCCCAGCCUGGUGUGAAUGUUGAGAUGCUCUUCAACCCAAAAAGAGAAAUGUUCCUCAGGAACAAGCCCAUCCUGUACUGCCAGGUGAUAGAUGCCAGCUCAGGUGAGGGAGGCCAGGCUGUCGCCAACAUCCCAGUGAGGGUGUCUGCCAAAGCUGAGUACAGCAAGUACACCAUUGAGCCUGCCUCACCCAUCAACUUUGGAGCCAUGAUCAAGGGCACCAAGAAGACCCAGACUGUCAUGUUGGAGAACAAAGGCAUGCUCAGCUUCAAAUUCUACAUCUGCCAAGCACCCAAAGAGGCACUGGGAAGCAAAAGUUCAAAGCAAGUGGAAUCUACAAAGCGCUCCAUGAGAAGGAAAUCAAGCUCCUUGACACAGAGUCACCUCAGUCUUGGCAUGUUCACGGUGUCCCCGUGCUCCGGCUCCAUCAGUCCGUGGGGCCAGCAGAAGAUCACAGUGGAAUGCCUCGCAGGGCAGGAGGGGACAUGUGAGGAGCAGCUCUACAUUGACAUCCCGGGCAGAGACCCCAAGGACAAUCCCCUCGGCAUUCCCUUCACCCUGAUUGCCCAGUCCUGCCUCCCAGCACUCGUCGAGGAUGUCGCAUCAAUCUUCGAGGAGUACCCGAUCUGCAGCAGCACCGACCUCGACCACAAGCUGCUGUCGGUGGAAGGCACCGGCCUGUUUGUCAGAGAUGAGAACAGAUUCAUCUUCAGCAAGGUUCAGGUUGGGCAAGAGGCUGAAGCUCAUUUCCAUAUCUACAAUGCAAGCUGUCUGCCAUGCGAUGUGGUCCUCUCCAUCAAAGCCCUGCCUGGAGAGGAAAAAAGCCCUAUCAACAACAUUUUCAAGUUACAUCCAGUCAAGAUGUCUGUUCCCGGCUCAUCCCGUGCCAUUGCUACGGUGACCUUCACCCCAGCAGAGGAGCAGAACUACAACUGCACUUUCAAGGCUUCCCUUGUCAUCCCAAAAGGCUCUGUGGAAAUUAAACCCCAAGCCCUGACCUUCACCAUCAGCGGGAAGGGGCAUGAGCCGCAGCUGACAGUCGUGUGCCCAAGCGCUCGCAGCAAGAGGGGAAAUGCCGUGCUGCGCUUCAAGAGGCUCCGGCUGGGGGAUUCAGAGAUCCUGCCCCUGCUCAUCCGUAACGAUGGCAUCAUACCUGUCAAGUUUACGUUAUGCCUGGAGGAUGAGCACAGAAUGUUCUCCUUGAAAGGCAGGGCCUCUGCUCUCGAAGUGUUCCACACUGGAGAUGUGGAAGAGGAUUCAGCUGGAAACGAGAGCAAGCCCACAAAGCCUUUCUUCCUUCUGAAUCGCGGGCAGUCGGCAGAGUUUGAUGCCAUUUUCAAACCCACCCUGGCUCAACGUGUGGAAAGGAAGAUUGGGGUGUUAGUGGGGGACACCUACUCCAACAAGAUCAUAAUUGAACUGGUGGGUGAAGGCCACCAGGACGAAUUCACCCUCAAUGGAUUAGAGGAAGGCACUGAGGAGAGGAAUGCUGAUGGCAGCCUGAAGAAAAACAUCAUUGAUGCUGUCAGAGUGAAUCACAUUCAGUUUGGGGACUGUCACGUUGGGGAGCCCUACUGCAGGACCUUCACCAUCACCAGCCACGCCGAGAUGGUCAUGCGCUUUGAGUGGGAGGCAGACGCCCCAUUCCAGUUCUCCCCCAAGGUGGGACACCUCCAUCCUGGCUGUGCCAAGGACAUCACAGUGACCUUGAGAUCAGAUGUCCCAGUCACCUUCAGGAGGCACCUUGUGAAAUGUAAGGUGACCAAGAUCGACUUUGAGCUGCCACAAAGGCAGGUUCAGGACUGGGAUGACCAAAUGAGCAUUGUCAUGUGGAAGGAUACCACCAGGAAAGACCCGGCAGCCAGGUGGCCUAAAAUAGAGAAGGUGGUCAAGACAGUCCCAGAACCAGCUCACACUGUGGUGGAGAUGAGCAGCCAGGUCGAGGUGUACCUCAGUGCCAUUGUUGCCUACGCCCAGUUCCAACUGAACGCGGUCAUGGUUCGGUUCACAAACACCUUGCCCUUCGAGACAAGGACAGCCACGAGUGUGUGCUGCAGACGGAGACCCUGCUCCCAGACGCUCUAUUUCCUGCUAGAAGAAAGUCGGUUCCUCUCCUACGAUACCAUGAAGUAUCACAGAAAGCUGCUGCGUCUUUUCUGGUGGGAGCAGGACCAUCCUCUUGAGACGCCUCCUAAAGCGCGGCGGCUGCGGCGGCCUGCCAAGCAGCAGCAGGAUUCCGAGCUGGAGCAGGAUUCCGAGCAGCAGGAGGAGCAGGAUCCCGAGCUCCAAGAAGAGCAGCCAGAGCAGCAGCAGCAGGAGCAGCGCAAGCAGCAGGACCACUCCAAGAAGCUGCGCCGCUCAAAAGACAAGAACCUGUCUCCAAAGCGUGCCAGCUCCUCCCUGGAUAUCUUCCCUGAUGUUAUGCACGACCUGUUCUCCAUCAGCCCCUGCGAUGGCACCAUCCCUCCUGGCCAGAAGCAGACCUUUCACCUGCAGUUCCACCCAAAGUGCACCGGGAAUUUUAAGACCACCCUGCUGUGCAGGAUUCCUAACCUGGAGCCGACUCAGAAGAUGGGGAAGGUGAUUGUGAAAGGCAGAGUCCAGGAGUGCAAGAAUCUCGAUGAAUCAUUAGAGCAGAUGGAGGAAGGCCAAGGACCCAAGGUGCAGGUGCUCUGGAGACCACCACCUGAGGGACAGCGUUUGUGUGAGCUGGAGCAUCCAGCAGGAGCCGGCGACAUCGUGCCUUCUGCUGAUGAUGAUCUCCCACUCUUCACCAGAGACGUCUGGAGCUGCCCUCCCAAGCUCCAGGAACAUCUUUAUCUUUCCUUUUAG